CAAAUAAAUGAGCAUCCAUUUCGGCUUAAAUUAUUUAAAAAAAGCUUUUCUGUUUUUAACUCAGAAUUGAACAAUGGGUUUAAAUUAUUCGUAUGUUUUAUUCUCCUACAGCAUAAAUCGUUGACUCUAGUUUGUUAACGUUUGCAUUCUGUGCUUCAAUAAUAUAAUGGAUCUUUCAUAAUUUUUUUAGUAAUGUAAAAAGUUAAUCUCAUUAUUAUUGGUCUGACCAAAAUAAGUUGAGAACGAUAUUGGAUAAUUGUGAUUAAUGCUUUCUUACAUUUUUGAUGUAUAUGCUGUUUUAUUAAAGUGUGAUUUUUUGUUGUUGUUGUUUUUGUGUAAAAGCAACAUGUAGAGGGGGUGUCAAUGGUCGUGAAUAUUAAUGUCAGUCACACAUGAGGAGAUUAAAACCUCUACCCCCAAUGCCUCAAUGAGGAAUGUUGUGCUAAAAUAAUGAAUUUGAGGAGACAAAUGUUAAAGACAAAUGUUAAUAAUAAAGUAGUGUACAAUAUAAUCUAAAUCUAAACAAGUAUCCAAUGUAGAUUUUUAUACACGUAAAUUUGACCCUCUGGGGUCUUUAAGUUUAAUGGCCCCCUUGAGAAGUUUUGACCUUGUGCUUUGAUCAGUUGCUUAAAAACCUAAUAAUGACAAAAGUAAUACAAUACUUAAAGGGUUAGAUCAGGAUUUUAGACAUGAAUCUCUAUAGCUUCCCCAUAAGCAGUGUGGUGCAUUGACCAUGACUUACCCCCGACAGCGUCCUGUGAGCCGAGCUCCGGUUCAGUUUUUGUCAAGAUUAAAUUAGUCCGGCAAGUUUGCUGGGGUCACGGCAAUAAAGCUUUUUUCUUCUCAAAUCAAUGUGUGUUCAAAAGAGUGAUAUAUUUGAAGCCCAAAACCGCUGUCUAUGGAGAGGUCAGACCUCGUAAUGGCUUGGCACUAUUUUCUUCCCUGUCAUAUCACUGCGCGCUGCCGCUACCUACAGCCAGCUGGGAGCCGCGCACGUGUCACUUUGUUUACAACUCGUAAAGAGAACGAUAACAUGUCUGACUACAGCAGCGACGAUGACAACAUUGACUUCGACACACAGCCAAAAGGAUAUCUUUACGAACCUGAAUACACAGAUGACGAGUUACGCCAGAUGGAGUUAGAAAGGACAGAAAGAGAGAGGAUGGACAGAGAAGUUGAAGCUGGAGCCACAGCUGCUGCAGUGAGACAUCGAGUGGCCGACAAAUGGUGGUGUACUUGUUUUAAGUGUGAACUAAUGCAGACAGAAGUGGAGUCCUACUGCUGCCACCAAUUUGAUCUCAUCAUGCCACAGAUCCAAGACCUUUCUAUUGAUGAGGACGCCAGCGUACCAGCUUCGGUCUGCAUCACAAAUCACAAGGACUUUCCUGCAAUCCUGAAUGCUGGUGUCUUGCAGACCUUUUUCCACAUUCCGAAAAUUAACUGGAAGAAGCGUCCCAGGCCAGCAGGACCCAAUGGUCAGUUGUCCUCAGAACAAUACAGGCUGGUUGCCUAUCGCAUCGUGAUGGAAUGGGCCCUGAAAGGAGAGAAGCUCGGCCCAGGCAACAGGAAAGUUCUUCCCUCCUGUGUAGUGGAGCUAAUAAGAAAAACAUACCCAUCACCAAAUGGACAAUAUGCAGGGUUCAAAGAAUCAGAGGACGCACUGCAAUUGUUUUAGACAUGCAAUACACAAAAAUACUAUUAGCAACAUUUCGUUACAUUUACCUUUAUAUGGAAAA